CUCUGAGGACAUCAACAACAUCCCGCGCUCGGCUCGGGCGCCUCCAGAGCGUUUUGUUAAUUUGCGACGAUGGCGAGCGAAGGGUCCCGAAUCUCGCGUCUCCCGCACCGGGGGUCGUGAUGCUGGAGGCGCUCGGGGAGAAGGAGGCGACCCGCGCGUUCCGCACGCCUCUCCCGCGUUCUGCCGCCGCUCACCGCGCCGCUGUUCCCGAAACAAAUUCUCUCCCGCUUUAGCUGAGCUCGCUCGCUCGCGGUGCUGCUGCUACUGCUGCUGCUGCUGGGAGCCCUGGGUCUCGACGAUGCCAUGACCGGCGAGAAGCCAGGGGGCCCUGCGGGCCACUGCGUCCUGCGGCGCUCGGCGCUUCCAAACGGGGCGCGGGCGCAAGCCGAGGCCGAGGGCCGCGCUCCGGCCCAGCUCCAGCUGCAGGUCCUGGCUGCCAAGCAGCAGCAGUUGCUGCAGCAGCAGCAGCACAACAAUCACCAGCAACAACAACAGCUGCUGCUGCUGCAGCAGCAGCAACAGCACAACAAUCAGCAGCAACAGCAACACAACAACCAGCAGCAUCAGCACAACCACCACGAACACCUUGACCAGCAACAACAGAAUCACCAGCAGCAAUACAAUCACCAGCAAGAUCAGCAUGCGGGCGUCGUCGUUGUUGGUGGUGGAGGAGUGGUGGGUCGCUGGGAGGCCCGCGUGCCGCCGGCUCACGGGGUGGCCCUGCCGGGGCCCUGCCCUGUCCACGAGAGCGUCUUCCGCGGGGACCUUCGUCGUCUCUCCAUGCUCAUCCGCACGCACAACAUCGCGCAGAAGGACGCCCACGGUAACACUCCCCUGCAUUUAGCUGUGAUGCUUGGACAUAAAGAAUGUGCUCACCUACUGCUGGCCCACAACGCCCCCGUGAAGGUGAAGAAUGCCCAGGGAUGGAGCCCCCUUGCCGAGGCAAUCAGCUACGGAGACCGGCAGAUGAUCACGACGUUGCUGAGGAAGUUGAAGCAGCAGUCACGUGAGCACGUGGAGGAGAAGCGGCCUCGCCUGCUGAAAGCGCUCCGGGAGCUUGGAAAUUUCUAUCUGGAGCUGCACUGGGACUUCCAGAGCUGGGUCCCCCUGGUGUCACGGAUGCUCCCCUCUGACACGUGCAAGAUCUACAAGCACGGCACCAACAUCAGGCUGGACACGACGCUCAUUGACUUCAACGACAUGAAGUGGCAACGCGGCGACAUGAGCUUCAUCUUCAUUGGCGACUUGCCGCCAUCGCACUCCCUCACCGUCCUCGACAAUGAGCAGAAGGUCUACCAAAGGAUAUCCCACGAGGAGUCGGAGGCCGAGACAGAGGAGGAGGUGGACAUACUGAUGAGCAGCGACAUCGUGUCGGCCACAAUGUCCACCAAGUCCAUCGGCUUCUCCCGCGCGCAAACCGGCUGGCUCUUCAAGGAGGACAAAACGGAGCGUGUGGGCACAUUUCUGGCGGACUUCUACACCAUCGCGGGGCUGGUGUUGGAGUCGCGCAAGCGGCGCGAGCAUCUGUCCGAGGAGGACAUCCAGCGCAACAAGGCCCUGAUGGAGAGCAUCAGCAAGGGCGGCACCGUCAUGGCAGACCCGGCUUUCGAGCCCGUGAGGCGGGAGUCUCUGUCACCCCCGCCUCCCAACACCAUCACGUGGGAGGAAUACAUCUCGUCAGAGCCGGGAAAGGCCCCUCACCUUGGCCGAGAGCUGGUGUGCAAGGAGAGCUCCAAGAGCUUCAAGGCCACCAUCGCCAUGAGCCAAGAGUUUCCGCUCAGCAUGGACAUGCUGCUCAACGUCCUGGAGAUCAUCGCUCCGUUCAAGCACUUUAACAAGCUGCGUGAGUUCGUUCAGAUGAAGCUUCCUCCUGGGUUUCCUGUGAAGCUGGAUAUCCCUGUGUUUCCGACCAUCACGGCCACCGUCACCUUCCAGGAAUUCCGCUCCAUUGAGGAUCUUCCAGAAUCCAUGUUCCGGAUCCCAAGCGAAUACCGAGAGGACCCCAACCGCUUUCCUGACCUCUGAACCCGACCACCCAAUGGCUGUGCCCACUGGCCCUUGGCUCCAACAGAGCUGUGCCAGUCCCUCCCUUGUGCAGGCCUCUCUCCCCUCCCCCAUGUUCUGCCUCCCUUCCAUACUCACAGCCCCCCCUGCCUUCAGAAUGUCAGAGCGCUGAUCCUGCCCUAAUGCGUGACCCUGCCACUGCUGCACGCUGGGUAAGGAUGCCAGGGAAGGCCCAGAGCUUCUAGCUUUGACUUCUGAAGCUCGUGUGCGGCCCUCGCUGAUGGAGCUGCGGGAAGCGCUUGUGCUGUCCCCCAACUGUGAGACCUCUUUCAGAAUUUCUUAACCUGACCGUGUGAAACGUGAUCAAACUUGGAUUUAAAACAUUUCCAGGAAUAUACACUUAUUUUUCUGUUUUACAUUAUCAAGCCAGUGCGCAUUAUUUGCAUCCUGUGUGACACAAAGUGGCAUCUGAAGACGGGACUAUAGUAAAGCUGUUGGAUAAUCUUUGCCUCCACUCGGAGUUAUUAUCACGUUUACCUGUUAAUGUUUCACUUUGGGGUUUCUACCAAUGGUUCACAUGGGUUAGAACUGGACUAACUUCAUUUUUUAAACAUCUGCUUUCAUAUACAGAUUAUCAAACACCUCUUAGUUGUCUGCCACCCAGCCAUGGUCAGUGACUGUGCUAAAUAGUCGUUUGUGUCGUAAUUAUAUUGGUUGAACUUAGUUUUAAAACAAAUAAACGUUUGCGUCAAUUACGUGCUGCAGGAGCAAUUAGGACACUUGAAGGCCGAUGUGAUGAUGCUAACCAAUGCCAGCAAAGAAGCGCGUAGUUUCAUAACUGCAGCUUAGUUGAGGCUUGUCUCAGCAGAGAUCUUAAACGAUGAAGGCCAGAACAGGGUUCAGCUAUUUUCAGUGUGGUAAGUAAAUUGAAUUAUGGUACAAAAUGUUAACAAGACGUUAUAUAUAUAUAAACAAGAAACAAUGCCUUUGGAAAUGCUGAAAUAUUAAAACAAUGUAAAGAAAAGCUUUUGCCUUAAAGGGAUCACCAUAUUGCAUGUAAAGAAACACACACAAAAAGUUUAAACUUCACGAAGUUAGAAUGUCUAUCUCUUAGAUGGUUGAAUCACAGAGCAGCCCUUAUGCAUAGCAUCCCUUCCAUGUGUUGCCAGUUUUUAAUGAACGUUAAGCUGUUCUGACUGUGAAUUAUUAGACGUAGCAUCCUGUUACCUGCCUCCAGCAGCAUCUGGUCUGAUCUCUGUACUGCAUCAGCUGGAAUUGAUCAGAGAUCAUGCUUUUGGAGACCAUAAAACGGAGGCAGGUUAUUGUGGAAAUGUUUUACAUUUCACUUGUUUCGUAAAUAAGGUUUUAUCCCACGUUUCGUGUGCACAAAUCUGGUUUGUAAAUUGUGGAAAUUAAAGUAAUGCAAUCACUUUCACAUCAACUAACAAACAGACAAAUUUCAAAGCCAUUUUUGUAAAUAUCACACGAUCCUUUUUUGUCAACCUCUAGGGGUAUUUUAACCUCUUGUACUACACAAAAUCUAAAUCGUAUCCCAAUUUACUUGAACAUGCAGAACAUGUCUCAUUAGCAAGAAAAGCAGCAAUAUUGUAUUUAUUUACCUAGAACGUAGUAUGCAUCCAAUUUUUAGAUAGUGAAGUGCUUUACGCACUUAUUGCAACACCGAUUGCAUUCUUACACAGGUUUUUGUAUAUACAUUAAGAACUUUUAUUAAUUACAUCCCUAGAAGUAAUAGCAGGUGCGUCACUAUUUUAAACAAUGGCAUGGGUGUAACUUUUCACAAGAAAUCACUUUUGAUAAUGUACUGUACGAUACAAACACAGGAGUAUGGAGCUGUUGUCAAAUGUGGUAAUUGACAUUUAUUUCCUACAUUUUGAAACUUUCAUUUUUAAACUUGCAUUGCCUCAUCCCCAACUUGGACGUUCACAUUUGUGCAAUUGAACACCGAUUACUGAUACAAUAUGCCUGCUUGGGCUAACAUUUGUACGGGGAAUAAAUGAACGUUCACAGGUUGGGUUUCGAAUGGUCUAUGGCCUGUUGACAAUGAUGUCAAAGGUUACAUACAGGCCGUGUACAGACAUGGACAUGACAGUCUUGCACCAGUACAUUGUAAAGUUAAAUAUGAUAACUUAUAAUAAUUGUAACAAAUUUCCAGCGGUUUAAAUUUAUACUUUCGACAUAUCAUGGGGUGAAGUAUCAAUUCGGAUCUCUUGCAGAGCAGUGCAACCCUUUGUGUAGAUGUCACAGAGGGACUUCUGAGAUCCCCUUCAAGUGAUCCACACAGAGUCAGAACUUUACAAACCCAUCUGCCACUGACAAUAAAGUUUGUCAUAUGACAGUCAAAUCAAUAUUUUUUUAUUCUCAGCUGGAAUUAAGUGCAGAACCAAAUUUUACGUGAUGGUUUUUGUGCAGUCAUUGGUUACUGGGCUGAGAGCAUCUAAGUUUAAUAACUUUAGUGCAACAGAAACCAACACAACCGUCUGCUUCAUGCCGCUGAAACCUGGGCUGCUAGUCCUUUUAAAAAAUGUUCCACGGCUGUUGUGGCCCUGUCUGCAUAUAUAAAGAUCCCCCGUAUAGCCUUAAUAGACUGUAGGAGCAAGUGCGGUUAGCAAGCACUUAUGAAGGUCAUCCCUGCGUCAUGUCACAAUCGGUUACGUCUCUACAGUUGGAAUUAAUCGAUUUACAUCAGGUUUCGGUUUUAGUGAUAGAACAAAGUUGUCACAAACGUUCGGCACAAUUCAAGCCCAAAGCAACUUGCCACCAACUUGCCCGCAGAUCGAACAACUUGGAAAGCUACCCGAAUGGGUUCCGUUUAUUUACGGUAAAGCCCAUUAAGCUAAGAAGAUAUUUUUCAAAGGCUACUCGCCCAAGAGCAAUAUCGCUGGGUGAUGUUGAUGGAUAAAACUUUGCUUUUCACUGCCUGACAAAGUAAAGUUGAAACAGGCAUAAUUAUUAAAUUAGCGUUACACAAACAAAAAGGAUCGGUCACAAUAGAGGCAAGAGAAAGACAUGCGAUUAAGUUUCAGGAUUGAUUCGGAUAGAAAGAAAAGUAGUUUUCAAAGAGGAGAUCAUUGACUGAUUUUUUCCCCUAAAAAUUUAAAUAACAUUCAGCUCCCACCCAAUCCUAUUGCUGGAUGCCGUCCUUUCGACACUGCCGAUCAUGGGGGCGUAUCUUUACAUUUCCAUAGUGAUAUUGUUCAGGGCAAUCAAGCGAUUGUAAAGUAUAACUUCGCUUCUUAUCUCACAUUGCCAGUAACAUACGGAGAAAAAAACAUGCCCAUUCUAAACCACGACGAACUAUUAACUGUCGACAAAAUCUUAAUUGGGUAGUCUAGAGAGACACUGGAUAAUGCAGUAACACGUGUGUGAUGACACUUCAUUGAAUCAGCUCCAUACCACUGGUGGGAUGUCAAGUGAAAUAGAAUGUCAAAUCAAUCUCUGGCCCUUCAAAAGGCCAAUGUUGAGCCUUGCGCGCGCGUGCACACACAAUGGUACAUGUGCUGUUAAGCAUGGCAUUUUUGUUUUAUUUUGUUACACUUGGAGGCCAGAACGAUGAGUUUGAAGGUGCAUGAUAUAACGUUUGCAUCCUCUGUUGAGGAAUUGUGUUUUGAGUGUCACUUUUUUGUUACUAAAACUAUAAAAGGUUUUCACUUCAACCCCAGCGCCAACCUAGACCCUCACCACUUGUGAGCUGGCGAUGGCAAUUCCCAAAAAGUGAAAAUUGUGACGCAGCUACAAUGCCAUACUUUGUCUGUUCCACUGACUUACCCCCCAACUGCACUGUACCCCCCCCCCCCCACAAUAACAAAAAUUAUUAAAUAAAAAUAAACACUUUUGUACAAAAAAA